AGUUCCUUCUAAAGGACCCUUGCUUCUUCAGUGUCUCUUUCUCCUCACACUGCCUCCCGUCUACACAGUCUUUCCCCUUGACUGAGCUUACACUGACCAUGGCCCCUGCCUCUGUGACUUAACCUCUGUGACUCCUUUCCUUCUGUCUAGCAAUCUUGCAUUCCCAGUUAGUCAUUGUGGCUCUAAAUGAGACCACUUAGACUGUGUCCCUGUGACGUCACUAAACCCCGAGUGUUCCCCCACCCCAACGAAGGGAACAGCCUCAGCAGCACAGAGAUGCCCAGAACCAAGCCAGAUUUUAUUUGCUCACACUGAGCUCUGGUCAUGGCAUCUAUCCAUCUGACCUUUGGUUGAAUCUCCUCACAGCCACCACAACUUGCCAGGACUUCUCUCGUUGGAGCUUCUUUCCAGACAGGACUGGCUGUUGUGACUUCCAGGCCUUUAAGAAACUGGUCUGAGGGCAGAGAGCGGUCCUCUUUUCCUCCCGUGCAGCUCGGGGCCCGUAGCCAUCAUGAAUGACACAGUAACGAUCUGGACCAGGAAGUUCAUGAUUAACCGUCUGCUUCGGAGGAAACAGAUGCUUAUUGAUGUCCUUCACCCUGGGAAGGCAACAGUACCAAAGACUGAAAUUCGGGAAAAGCUAGCCAAAAUGUACAAAACCACACCAGAUGCCAUUUUUGUGUUCGGAUUCAGGACCCACUUUGGUGGCAGCAAAACAGCUGGCUAUGAUUCUCCUCUAGAUUAUGCUAAGAAGAAUGAGCCCAAACACAGACUGGCAAGACACGGCCUCGAUGAGAAGAAGAAGACCCCCCGCCCCCGGAAACAGCGGAAGGAGCGCGAGAACAGAAUGAAGAAGGUCAGGGGCACGGCAAAGGCCAGCACUGGUGCUGGCUAAAAGCCGAAGGAGUAGCUCUGCGGUG